CGAAUCACAUCAAUUGCUAAACCGGUUCCCGAAUAUUUUUAUCCGGGCAACAUUGGAAUGUUGGGCUGCCCCACUCGAAUCAGAAUCCUCGUUCGGGCAGAACACCAGAGACCCGUACAAAUAAAAUAAAUACACCAAAGCAACGGUUCACAAAUUGGAAUUGAAAAAAAAAACAAACAAACUCUCCUCUCCCUUCCAAUCUUGACUUUUAGUUGUAACUGUUUAUCCAUUUAUAUUGCAACUCCCGGGAGAUGUCAGCCGGAGGAGGCACCCCAGCCACCGCUUCCUCAUCCGCCGGUGGCAGCCCCCGGCUUGGCGCCGCCGUCACGCACCACCGUCGCCGUUUCGCCGACUUCAUCUCCGGCGACCACGACAUAUCCCCAUCAGAUCACGGCCUCCAAAUCGACGGCGUCCGGGAAGGCAUCGACGCGGCGCGGCAGUUGGUGGCUCGCAAAAGGGCGCCGCCGGAAGACGGCGUUAAUUUUCCCGGCGGCCUCCAGUCUACCCCGGCGCCGCGGUGGAGAUCGAAGAGAAAUAUGCGGCGAGCAGUUAUGGGAAUUCUUUUGGCAUUCAUUGCGGUCUCUGUUUUCUUCAAGUUUUCGCUCUCCGUUAACGACAAUGUGGAAGAAGUUAUUAACGGCCGUUUGGUCCUUCAGAAUUUCAAGAACGAUUGGACCAAUGCGCAGUGGAUCGUAGCCAAUUGGAAAACUAAAUUUGGGUUUUUCUCAAAAUUCUCAUUUUCAAGAAACAUCUUCGAAAUGGUCCAAGAAAUAUGGAAGAAACCAAAUAGUGAUAACUAUUAUCAAUGCAUUAGUCGGCCGAAGAAUAGAAUCAGGACAGGAGAAGCCACAAAUGGCUAUAUAUUGGUUCAUGCAAAUGGAGGAUUAAAUCAAAUGAAAGCAGGAAUUUGCGAUAUGGUUGCCAUAGCGAAAAUCAUGAAUGCCACUCUGGUUCUUCCUGCUCUUGAUCAUGACUCAUUCUGGACUGAUCCCAGUGGGUUCAAGGACAUAUUUGAUUGGAGACACUUUAUAGAGGUCCUCAAAGAUGAUAUAGAGAUAGUUGAAUCUUUGCCUGCUGAAUAUGCAGCAGUGAGGCCAUUGUCAAAGGCACCUGUGUCCUGGUCAAAGGCUAGUUACUAUAGGAAAGAUAUUCUUCCUGUGCUGAAGAAACAUAAAGUCAUCAAGUUUACACACAGCGAUUCGAGGCUUGCCAACAAUGGCUUAGCUCCAUCUAUUCAAAGGCUUCGUUGUCGGGCAAACUAUGAGGCUCUUAAAUUUGCUCCUGAGAUUGAAGAGCUCGGGAAGAGGCUUGUGGAUAGACUAAGGGACAAUGGCGAGCGGUACAUCGCGCUCCAUCUUAGAUAUGAAAAGGACAUGCUCGCUUUCACUGGUUGUAGCCACAACCUAAGUGCAUCAGAGUCUGAGGAGCUUCGCUUCAUGAGAUACCGUGUGAGGCAUUGGAAGGAGAAAGAGAUAAAGAGCGUCGAGAAAAGACUGGGGGGAGGUUGCCCUAUGACCCCAAGGGAAGCCGCUAUGUUCUUGAAGGCAAUGGGGUAUCCCUCAACUACUAGAAUAUAUAUCGUUGCGGGGGAGAUAUAUGGGAGUAGAAGCAUGGAUGGGUUCCGGUCCGAGUACCCAAACGUCUUCUCUCACUCCACACUUGCAACCGAGGAAGAACUGGUGACUUUUUCGCAGUAUCAAAACCGUCUUGCCGCUUUGGACUAUAUUGUGGCACUUGAGAGCGAUGUGUUUGUGUAUACUUAUGAUGGGAACAUGGCGAAAGCCGUUCAAGGGCAUAGAAAGUUUCAAGGUUUCCGGAAAACCAUUAGCCCCAACCGAAUCAAGUUCGUUCGGAUGAUUGAUAUGUUGGACAAGGGUUCCAUAACUUGGAAUGAAUUUUCGCACAAGAUCAAGUCGAUACAUUCUUAUGAUCGACUUGGAGCUCCGUACCUUCGACGCGUGGGAGAGUCGCCAAGGACAGAAGAAAACUUUUAUGCCAAUCCGCUCCCGGGUUGCAUAUGCGAUAGAUCUCAAGACCAAAGCAGUAAGCUGCUUCGGUCUCAGACCAAGCCCGGAGGCCGAAUAGAUGUAGCUGCCUCACAAAGAUAGUUUUCUCUUUCUUUCAUCUUAUUACGGAUAGGUUGUAAAUGGGAUCCCUGAAGAACUCAAGAUAAGGCUAGGCUCUAUGAGAUUUUGG